CAAGUGAAUGGAAACGUCCCAAACCACUUCUAGCGCUGUGCGUUUGCAUCGUUGGGCCCGCGGACGGCUCUGCUUACCGGCGGCACAAGGUUCAAUGAACAAGGGACCCACUGACUGGCUAUCAAGUACGAAAUAAAUGAAAUAAUUCGUGGCACUGCGUAGGCCCGUGAUCUAUAAAAGUCGCUGAACCGACGGCUCAGAGCACCAGUUCCGCACCGAUCAUUGUGACGUCGCCAUAGCUUCUGGAUCCAGCAACGCAUCGUACGAUGAAACUGUUCGCAAUCAUUUUGGCCCUAGGCGCUGUGGUCAGCGCAGAGUUCGUAGUGCAGACGCGCGACGAUCUCCUCCAGUACCGUGGCGAGUGCGUGAAGUCGCUCGGUGUAUCGGACGAGAUGUUAGAGAAGUAUAAGUCGUGGAACUUCCCGGAAGAUGACACCACCCAAUGCUACAUCAAAUGCAUCUUCAAAAAGAUGCAACUGUUUGACGACACUAACGGUCCCAACGUGGACAACCUGGUCCUACAGUUGGCGCACGGCCGGGACGCCGAAGAAGUGCGCAGCGAGAUCAACAAGUGCACCGGUAGCAACACCGACGGCAACAUCUGUCACUGGGCAUUCCGUGGCUUCCAGUGCUUCCAGAAGAACAACCUGUCGCUGAUUAAGGCCAGUGUGAAGAAAGAUUGAACCUUCUUGACACGUACUCUUCCUUCCACCCACGCAAAAGAAGGCAGCUUGAUGGCGGUGGUGCGCAGCCGGUGUUCCGAAACAGAAUAAAGUGAUGUUUUGUUGCAGUAAACGGUGCAUUGUGUAGUAAUGGGUUCUAUCAACUGUGCAUCUAUCAAAACACCGUUAAUACACACACAAAAACAAUGGGGAUGUUCGAAAAUCCCGCAAGCGAACGACCAUAGCAGCUGAAGGUAGUCAUCUAAGGCUGUAAGAUAUUACAAAACGCCCUCUGGAUAACAUGGAUCGAAGAUUUGCGAAUGAAAUGCGAUACAAG